UCAUGUGCUGACACAUCAUAUGCUAUGUACAAUUACAUUUUGAUACAGAUUACAAUUACAAUUAUUGAUUUUUCUUUUUUAGUUUGAAUUUUUUUGUGUGUGUGGGACAUAGCAAUAAUGUUUAGUUAUGUCAAAUACUUGAAAUCGCUGUCUGUCCCCACUAACUCUUCAUUAUUAUUUUUAUUACCAAUACUACUGCUACUACUUUUUAAUUAUAUAGUUUUAUCUGGAAAUACACGGCUUUAUAUUUUCUCCAACCUAACUGUCGCAAUAACUGGCAACUUUGUGGGUAGCACCGUCACAAGAACCGCAAAUGCUGAUGGGUGAAGACGGGAUGCUUGACUGCGUCUGUAAGCCGCUUUAAAAUGACGACAGACUUAAACGUGGACAUGUUUCUAUGGUGGACUUUUAUAUUAAUGCGCUACUCAAAGAUCGUCACUUUUUUUAUGGAUUAGAAUAUUAAAUGACAGUAUGGAGAAAUACAUCUCACAGCUGUUGUUGGGGCCCAUUUAAGAAAACAUGACAAUGUCCUUAACGCAAGCUUGCCGAAGUCUUGCCCUGUCUAUAUGGCUGCUGUCAUUUUGUUUUGUGCAGUUGUUGUGUUUGGACUUCACAGUGGCCGAGAAAGAGGAAUGGUACACUGCGUUUGUCAACAUCACUUACUUGGACCCAGUAACAUCUCAAGUCAGAACAGAGAAAACUGAAUGCGGGAGAUACGGGGAACACUCCCCUAAAAAAGAUGCUCGGGGAUUUGUACUCAUGCCUUCUUUACUGCAGGACAGACAGGUGUGUGACAGCAAUACCAAAUUCCCACUGCCCCAUCCCAACAGUCUAUGGAUAGCACUGAUAGCAGGAGGAAACUGUACAUAUAGAGAGAAGAUAAGACAUGCAGCCAGCCUCAAUGCAUCUGCUGUCGUCAUAUUCAAUUUGGGCUCCAACAAUCCCAAUGAAACCAUUACUAUGUCACACCAAGGUACCCGAGAUGUGGUAGCUAUCAUGAUUCCAGAGCCCAAAGGACGUGAGAUCAUGGCCCUGCUGGAGAAAAACAUCACAGUGGAGAUGCACAUCAACAUCGGGACAAGGAACCUGCAGAAGUACGUCAGCCGCACAUCAGUGGUGUUCGUCUCCAUCUCCUUCAUCGUUCUCAUGAUCCUCUCUCUGGCCUGGCUGGUCUUUUACUACAUCCAGAGGUUCUGCUACGCCAGCGCGAGAGAUCGCAACCAGAGGCGGUUGGGGGACGCUGCAAAAAAGGCCAUAAGCAAGUUACAAGUAAGGACCAUCAGGAAGGGAGACAAGGAGACCGAGUCAGAGUUUGACAAUUGUGCAGUGUGUAUCGAAGACUACAGGCCAAAUGAUGUUGUGAGGAUACUGCCAUGCCACCAUGUUUUCCAUAAGAGCUGUGUGGACCCUUGGCUACUGGAGCACAGAACCUGUCCAAUGUGCAAAAUAAACAUCCUCAAGGCAUUGGGCAUCCCGCCCGAUACAGACUGUUAUGAUGACAUCCCUCAGGACUAUGAGGUUUCAAUCGGGGGCCCCCCCACAAAUCCUAUGAUGGGGGCCAGUGAAGUCACAUUGGGCGAGAACUCUGUGGUGUUAGAUCCAGUCAGAACAACAAGCCUGUCACACAUGUACCAUGAGAUAGACUCCAUUCCGCAGGUCGGAGAAAGCAGCGAACAGCAGCCCUCUGUUAGUCAUGAUUUAGACACGUCCCUCAUCAUGCCAGUGGAGCUGGUCCUGUCCGACACAGACCUUCAGUCAGAGCCAGAACCGGAACAUGAAGAUGUGAAGUCCUGUGAGGUCGCCAUAGGGGCCGAUGGACUCAGCAUUCCAUUAAGGGAGCAGGUCUGUAGUGGACCCAAAACAAACAAUAAAAGCAUGCGAAUGCAGUAGCAGCACAGGGAGUGCACUGAUAUUUUCUGAACCCGUGACCUCAUCAGCUUUCUGUUCCACUGUCACAGGAACUGCUUGUUUUUAUUCCACAAGUAUCCCUAAAUGUUUCUGCUCUUUGUUUACUGAGGGUGCGGUGCGUAAAGUAGAUUGACGAAAGCAACCCAACUUUUUCCAUUUAAACAUUUCGAUUUAGUGGAAAUUUUGACUGUUUAGCUUCUCAAAGGGAUCACUGCCGAUACACGCAAUAUUUCACAACAAAUUUAUAUCUUGACACAAAGUGCAUAGUGUCAAACGCAGUUUGUGUGAACUACAGACAGCAUCAGUGAAAAAAUGCACGCUUAGUUGUCCUCCAGCCAAAGUAACAAAGAUCCCCUUUAUAUUUUAGAACUUCUGAGAAGAACCAAAAUACACCAAAAGUGUCUUGUUAAGAGUUUUUAUUAUAGAUAUCAGAUAAUAAAGUGACACAUUAGGGUGCAGCAAACCAGGGCUUAUAUUAUGGGAUGGACACUAUAAAUGCAUUUUUUGUUUUUGCAAGUGUUGUGUAUCAUAUCACACCAUCCUCUAAGGUGGACCUUUGCUUCUACCACAUUCGUUUAGGGAUGUGAUCAGUGUUUUAGCAGCGGUUUCCUGUGCAUCCAUGGGGAUGUCUCUGUUAUAAAUAAUAUAUUUGUAAAUCACAAUGAGGCAAAAGCACAACUUCACACAAUUUUGUUUUGACAGGAAGCUAAAUAAGAACAUGCUGCACACCUCAAGCAUUUUGGUUCACAUACUUUAGUCAAGCAUGUUUUUGGCCUUAAAAGGGAUAGUUCAUCCAAAAUUCUUUUAUAAUUUACUCACUGUCAUGAGUGAUUUCUGUAUGAUUUUCUUUCAUCUCCAGGACACAAAAAGAUAUUUUGAAGAAUGUUGGUAACCGAACAACAUUGGUCCAAUUGACUGCCAUUGAAUAGACACAAAGCCACUCAGAUAUUUCUCAAAGUAUCCUAUUUUGUGUUCCACAGAGGAAAGUGCCAUGUACAGGUUUUGAAUGUUAUGAUAUAAAACCAUGGUUUAUUUUCCUAUAGUUAUGUUGCCAAUGUUACAAAUUCAGGGGGAUCUAGCAAGAGCAUGAUAUUUAUUAGCAGCGGAUGUUUAAAGCUUCUGUCAGUAGCGGUUUAUGUUCCCCAGUCUUUGUUUGGUCUUCUCUAAAGUAUCUUAAACAAAACUAUGUAAACACUGCUUAAUCUUCUUGAAAUGGGAUAAUACCACCACUACAGCUGUACCUGCAUUAUUAAACGUCAUACGGUACAAUAGUGUAGUGAUGUAUGUAUGAUGUGAGGAUGUGAGUUUUCUGUCUGCAUUGAAUGUCCAGAUGACCCACUAGAACAUUGACAAGAAGCACUCUGUACAGAAUACCACAUCCCACAAUGCACUGCACUCAUCUUGACCUUUCAAUUCCAGCAUGGAGAACUGGCAAUCAUAUCAGCUGGGCAGCACUUAUUAAGGCAAGCAAUGUAACGUUAGAAAGUUUUCAACAUUUAUAGUUGUAUAAUGCUUAAAACGUUUCACAUGCAUUCUUUGAAAACGUUAAGUAGCCAAACAAACAUUAGGAGUUUGGGGUUGUAGAUGCUGCUCGUGUUUCAUACACACAUAACAAUCAUAUUUGUCACUCCCUAAACUUGGCAGUGUGAAUGUAGCUAUUUUAUUAAUCUGUUCACCAUAAAAGGUUAAAAUGGAUAAAAAAACAGUUACAUCAAACCUUCAGCAUGUGAAUUUUACCCAUGGUGCUUUUUGGUUGCUGAUAAGUCUGAAUCACCCUGAUUUUGACUGAUAUAAAUGGCUGUUUGCUUGUUAUGUUUCCCAAAAUAAAAGUGAGUGUUGAAUGAAUAUUUUAA